AUGACACUUCCCAAACUACACACUGGACACCAAAGGAAUUACUCCAGGCUGUCACGCAGUCCAUCGGGUUCGAGCAGGACGCCCACCAUGUCUUUUCGCGAGCUUCCAAUGCCGACUGUUUCACGCAUCACUUGUCUUGCACAAGCACAAGCAACUUUACAACACUGCUCGACAAAGUUGUGCAGAUCAUGGCAAAACCAUCCGGCGCGAGUAUCACCGCCAGGUACUCCCAUCGAUGCUGGUGGUCAAAGACAAUUCCAACAAUGGCUCGAUCAGUGGGAACAGGCCUUCACGACAUACCUAUCAUACGCUAUGCCGGCGAUGAAGACAGACGAUGUGACGACAUCGAGAAUACUGAAGGCCAACCACCUUUCGUGUACGAUCCUGGCCUCCGAUAGUGGACCAAACUUCGACAAUGAGUUUCAGGCCAUCGUAGAAUUAGCCGGAGCAAUAGAACAAUCACGUACAAGCAGAUCUGGGAGCGCUUCGAGGUCAGAAUUACCCACGGAGGGGAACGAGCCCUGGAGCUCGAGCACUCUAGACAUACAUGAACCACUCUAUGUUGUCGUUGCUCGAUGCGACCGCAACUCUACCAGGAAGCGGGCCAUGGACCUGUUAGCAAACACCUCUCGACGAUGA